UGAGAAAGUGAGAAAGAAGUAAAAUUGUUGAAUGUAUUAAAGCAAGAGAAAGAUAUUAGAAAGAGGAUAAAGAGAUUUAGAGAGGGAAAGAGGGAGAGAAAGAGAGAGAGAGAGAGAAUGAGCCACGCUCAACAGCAUGUGCUUGCGAGCGCCAUAGUCCUCGCUCUGAUAGUGGUCUUCGGCAUCCACGUCUUCCUCUUUCCCAUGUACACCUCCAGUCCGGCGUCAAGGCACACGAAGAUCUCAUCGUACGAGCAAGCAUUAUGUCGGACCAAUCUGAAAAGUGUCCGAGUACCACCAGAAUGGAGGAAUCCUUGUCCAAAAUAUGGAAUUGUCACGGCUGUCCAAGGUGGCCGACUCGGUAAUCAAAUUUGGGAAUACGCCUCGGUAUGGGCAACCGCUAGAAGAACCGGUUUAGAACCGUUUAUGCCUCGUUGCAUAUUAAAGACACUCGAGGAACAUUUUGAAAAUCUCAGUAUACCACCUUUGAGUUAUAUCGGAAGAUGUACUCUCGACGUUGGCCAAGUUGUCAAUUCGCUUGGUCAAUGGAACAGUACCGAACAGAACAUCAUUAUACCGAGGCAUGCAGCAUACUGGUCUUUGAUUCUUGUCUGGUUGGACGAUGUACGCCGUGAAUUUACAUUCAAAGCAAGCUUAAGAGCAAACGCCGAAACGGUACUACGUGAUGUCGCUGAAACAUUUAAUCUGUCUCAGCCAACUUACGUGAGCGUACAUGUUAGGAGGACCGAUUACGUCGAUUAUCUAUGGCAAAAACUAAAAGUCAGACCAGCGCCUAUCAGUUAUUACUUCGCAGCUAUGGAUUACUUCGUCGGUAAAUAUGAUAACGUCGUAUUCAUUGUUACAAGCGACAAUAUAGACUGGUGCAAACACAAUCUACGUAGCAAACGUCACAAAAUGAGUUUCGUCUCGGAAGCAGAUGGUAAAGGACCCGGUAAGGAUCUUGCAGUCUUGUCCGUAUGUAAUCAUAGUAUCAUAGACUACGGCACGUACGGCUCAUUUGGAGCUAUUUUGGCCGCUGGUGAAACAGUCGUCUACAACGUAACGACAUACUUUUCCACCUUGAUCGCUGAAGUUUUACCCAAGUGGAGGAUAAUGAGUUGAAGGAAAGCAUAGAUAGAUUAUGAAAGAAAAGGAUAGAAUGGAUAGAUAGAUAGAUUGAUUGAUUGUUUGAUUGAUUGAUUGAUUGAUUGAUUGAUUGAUGGAUUGAUUGAGACGGGGAAUG